CCCCCCCGCCUGUGACGUGGCGUCAGCCGGCGGUGCUGAGCUGUACUUCCGGCCAGUGGCGUCAUCGGGUGACGUGGGGUCUCGGGGGUGUUGGUGUCGGGCCGCGUCAGAAUUCUUCAGUGAGCAUGGCAUCAUAUCUAGAAUUCAUUCAGCAAAAUGAAGAACGAGAUGGUAUUCGAUUCAGCUGGAAUGUGUGGCCAUCCAGUCGACUAGAGGCUACGCGUAUGGUGGUUCCUUUAGCUUGUCUGUUCACUCCUUUAAAAGAGCGCCCAGACUUACCACCUAUACAAUAUGAACCUGUGCUGUGCAGUAGGGCUACCUGCAGGGCUGUCCUUAAUCCACUAUGUCAAGUGGACUAUCGAGCAAAACUCUGGGCGUGCAAUUUUUGUUUCCAGAGGAACCAGUUCUCACCUUCUUACUCGGGCAUUUCUGAAGUGAAUCAGCCAGCUGAAUUACUGCCACAGUUUUCAACUAUUGAAUAUGUUGUUCAGCGAGGUUCACCUGCUCCUCUCAUCUUCUUGUAUGUGGUGGACACAUGCUUGGAAGAAGAUGAUCUUCAAGCCCUCAAAGAAUCCUUGCAGAUGUCCUUGAGUCUGCUCCCUCCAAAUGCACUAGUGGGUCUGAUUACUUUCGGUCGAAUGGUGCAGGUUCAUGAAUUGAACUGUGAGGGGAUUUCAAAAAGCUACGUCUUCAGAGGCACGAAGGACCUGACAGCAAAACAAAUCCAGGAUAUGUUGGGCCUUGCAAAUCCACCAGCAGGAGUUCAAGGAAGGGCCCCUCCACCACAUGAGCACCCUGGUUUAUCGAGCAGAUUCUUGCAGCCUGUUCAUAAAAUUGAUAUGAAUUUGACUGAUCUACUUGGAGAACUUCAGAGGGAUCCCUGGCCUGUACCUCAGGGCAAAAGACCUUUGCGUUCAACUGGUGUGGCUCUUUCCAUAGCUGUUGGUUUACUUCAGGGUAGUUUUCCAAAUACUGGAGCUAGAAUAAUGUUGUUUACUGGAGGACCACCAACCCAGGGACCAGGCAUGGUGGUGGGUGAUGAACUGAAAACUCCCAUUCGUUCCUGGCAUGAUAUAGAGAAGGACAAUGCACGAUUCCUGAAGAAAGCAACCAAGCAUUAUGAGGCUCUGGCGAACCGUGCAGCAGCAAAUGGCCAUUGUGUUGACAUCUACGCUUGUUCCCUGGAUCAGACUGGACUCUUGGAGUUGAAAUGCUGCUGCAACCUGACUGGAGGUUACAUUGUGAUGGCAGACUCUUUCAACACUUCCCUCUUCAAGCAAACAUUCCAACGAGUUUUCAGUAAAGGUCUGCAGGGAGAUUUCAGAAUGGCAUUUGGUGCCAGUUUGGAGGUUAAGACAACCAGAGAACUGAAAAUUGCUGGAGCAAUAGGGACCUGUGUGUCACUGAACUCCAAAGGCCCUUCUGUGUCUGAGAAUGAGUUGGGUCUAGGUGGUACAUGCCAGUGGAAAAUUUGCGGCUUGGAUCCCAGCACAACCUUGGGUGUCUACUUUGAAGUUGUUAAUCAGCAUAAUGCACCAAUCCCUCAGGGCGGACGAGGUGCUAUUCAGUUUGUCACCCAUUACCAACAUUCCAGCAGUCAAAGACGCAUCCGAGUUACUACAGUAGCCAGAAACUGGGCAGACGCACAGAGUCAACUCCAGCACAUUGAAGCAGCAUUUGACCAGGAAGCAUCAGCUGUGCUGAUGGCAAGACUGGGAGUUUUCAGGGCUGAGUCUGAGGAGGGGCCGGAUGUACUUCGUUGGUUGGACAGACAAUUGAUCCGACUGUGUCAGAAGUUUGGCCAGUUCCACAAAGACGAUCCUAACUCUUUCAGGCUUUCUGAAACAUUUUCCCUCUAUCCACAGUUUAUGUUCCAUCUGAGAAGAUCCCCAUUCCUUCAAGUUUUCAACAAUAGUCCUGAUGAAUCAUCAUACUACCGCCAUCAUUUCAUGAGACAAGACCUGACUCAGUCACUGAUCAUGAUUCAGCCUGUUCUCUAUUCUUAUUCUUUCUAUGGACCCCCUGAGCCAGUCCUAUUAGACAGUGGCAGUAUCUUACCAGACCGAAUACUCCUCAUGGACACUUUCUUUCAGAUUGUUAUCUACCACGGAGAGACUAUAUCACAGUGGAGGAAGGCUGGUUACCAGGACAUGCAAGAAUAUGAAAACUUCAAACAACUUCUGCAAGCUCCACUGGACGAUGCACAGGAAAUCCUUCAGACCCGGUUUCCAAUGCCACGUUAUGUUGACACAGAACAUGGAGGGAGUCAGGCUCGAUUCCUUCUCUCAAAAGUGAACCCAUCACAGACUCAUAAUAAUUUGUAUGCUUGGGGACAGGAAUCUGGUGCACCAAUCCUGACUGAUGACGUUAGUCUUCAAGUCUUUAUGGACCAUUUAAAAAAGCUAGCGGUAUCUAGUGCAUCAUAGAUUAAUCUGAUGUAGAAGAGCACAAGAAAAUACUGGAAAAUAGAUUUUGCUUAGAUUCUUUAUUUUGAAUUAUGACUGUAUUGCAUUAAUAUUGCACCUUGCCUAUAUGUGGACAUCCUGAUUUGAUCUUGUCUAAUUUUUAGGUAUUACUUAUUUCCAAACCUGAUCCAUUCCUAUUAAAGAAAAAUGGUUUCUUUCUGA